UCAGCCCUGCACUCCUCGUGCUUUUCCUUUACUCAGGCCAAACUUUCACUCAGAGGUCAAGUGGAGUCAAGAAGAAGUCUAAAGAAGUUUUGCCUUGGAUGUAAGGAGGAGGCUCCAUAGCAGUAAAGUAAGUUCAAGGUUAGGAAUCUGAAGCAAUGGGUGACUGGAGCUUUCUGGGGAGACUGUUAGAGAAUGCGCAGGAGCACUCCACGGUUAUUGGCAAGGUUUGGCUGACGGUACUGUUUAUCUUCAGGAUCCUGGUGCUGGGGGCUGCUGCUGAGGAGGUCUGGGGAGACGAGCAGUCGGACUUUACAUGCAACACUCAGCAACCUGGUUGCGAAAAUGUUUGCUAUGACAAAGCCUUCCCCAUUUCUCACAUCCGCUUCUGGGUGCUGCAGAUCAUUUUUGUCUCCACUCCAACCCUCAUCUACCUGGGCCAUGUCCUGCACAUUGUACGCAUGGAGGAGAAGAGGAAAGAGAAGGAGGAGCUGAAAAAGAAGGGGAGCAGCAAAGAUGGCAACUACCCAGUAGCAGCAGCAGCAUCUGGCAGCGGUGGUGGAGGAGGCAGCAAUAAUGUCAAAGAUCAACCUAUUGUCAAAAGGGGGAAGGAGAAGCUCCCAAUCCGUGAUGAACGUGGUAGAAUCCGUAUGGGAGGUGCCUUGCUCCGUACUUAUGUCUUCAAUAUCAUAUUCAAGACACUAUUUGAGGUGGGCUUCAUUGUGGGCCAGUACUUCCUAUAUGGCUUCGAGCUUAAGCCGGUUUACCAGUGCAGCCGCUCACCUUGUCCACACACUGUGGACUGCUUCAUCUCGAGGCCCACUGAGAAGACAAUCUUCAUCAUCUUCAUGUUGGUGGUGGCCUCAGUCUCCCUGCUGCUGAACAUGCUUGAGAUAUAUCACCUGGGGUGGAAGAAGCUUAAGCAGGGCAUGACGAGUCAGUACAUCUUAGAGAUGCCUGUUGCAACAAUGACUCCAGUUAUGGUAACAGGGGAGUCCAAACCUGUUUCCCUGCCGCCGCCAGCACCACCUGUGGUGGUCACGACUGCCACGCCGGCCCCUGUUCUGCCUGACACCCGUGCUGUCACACCGCUGCUGGCCCCAGUGACCAUGGCAUCGUACUAUGCUACAGCUGCUCCACGGCCGCGGCCCCCCUCCAACACGACGUCCAUGGCGAGCUACCCCGCUGCUCCGCAAGUUCCUGAGGAGAGGCACCGCGCUGUGACUCCCACACCCAUCUCCACUCCCGUCACCAUCCCGACCCCCAUACCCACGCCCACGCCAGCCGUCGUCAACUACUUCAACAGCGGCAGCCGUGCCCUGACAUCUGAGCAGAACUGGGUCAACAUGGCAGCUGAGCAGCAGGGGAAGGUUUCCUCCAGCUCAGCAGGUUCCUCUACUCCCAGCAGCGUCCGGCAUCCCCUUCCUGAGCAGGAAGAGCCACUGGAGCAGCUACUCCCACCCCCGGCCGUGCUGCCCAUCGCCGCAGCCAACAGCGGCAGCAGCACCAGCCUGAGCGGGGCGAGCGGCAGCAAGUGGGAUGUGGAGGGCGAGGUGGAGCUGUCGGGGGCACGGCCCGUGUCAGCCGCCUGCACCACGGUGGAGAUGCACGAGCCACCGCUGCUCGUAGACACACGGCGCCUGAGCAGGGCCAGUAAGUCGAGCAGCUGCAGAGCCCGGUCAGACGACCUGGCCGUGUGAGGCGGUCGCCCUGCUCGGGGAGCGGGCGCUGGAAGGCGGAGUGGGCAGGGGAGCUGCCUGGGGAGGCCAGGCCUGGCGUGGGUGAGGAGGCCUGGGCUUCAAACUUAGACGCUUGCUGUUUUUGCACUCUGUGAGUUGUAGUGGGGAAAAUUAUCAACAUUUUCUAAUAGGUCAGGGGUGACCGAAGCGCAGCCCGUGGGCCAGGGGAGCAGUCCCGCUUUCCUUCAUGUUCACAGCAGAUCCCUCAAGGGCAGCUGUAGGGGAGGCCUGCACAGAUUACAGGUGGUGAUGGCAGCUGGUCGUGUGCCCUGAGGCUGACUUCCAUCUGAGAAAAAUGUUAAUAUCCCUGGUGCCCGUGCACCUGGCUGUCAUCUCCCUCCUGCCCUUGCCUUCACUUCAGCUCUUUCCCAGAAGCUCUUAAUGAGCAGCUGCAAUGACUUACUUUCUUCCUCUUAAAUCUUAUGUAGCCCUAUGGCAAACAUCAGGGUGGUAUAUUGCCUCUUGGCACUUGUUGUGUCUACGGACCAACUUGCCAAAUGUAACUCAGUUUCUUCCACAUAAUGUGCCUUAUGAGCCUUUGUGUUCAUGGCAAGUCACCAAUG